AUGAAGAUUUUCAUCUUUUCUCCUCACCUUUCUCUUUUGUCACAUUUUGUUUUAUUUACUUUCUCUCUUUUCAUUUUUUUUCUCCUUUUCAUCUGUUCUCUUCACAUCUUUCUCCCUCUCUUCUCUGCUUUCUCGCAUACUUUAUUCUUUAUUUUCUCUUUUCAUCAUCUCUCCCUUUUUCUUUUAUUAUCUCAUAUCUCUCCUUUUCUUUUUACCAGCUCUAUUUUUUUUUUGUCAUCUUUCAUUUCUGUCCUUUCAUCAUCUGUUUUAUUUCUUUUGUUUCCCUUCCUUUCUCUCCUGAACAGAAUUUCCCUUAUUUUUCUCUUCUCUCUUUUCUCUCCUUUCAUUUUUCCCUUUCAUUUCUUUCUUUAUCUUCUAUUUAUCUAUCUAUCUAUGUUCAUUUCUCUCUCAGUCUAUGCUCUUUUCUCUCUCUCUCUCUCUCUCUCUACUCAUAUAUAUCUACCUCUAUUCCUAUCCUUCUCUGAUCAUUUCUCUCUCUUAUCAUCCUCUUUCUCUAUCUCAGCCUGUUCAAAUCUAUCUCAGUUUGUUCAUUGCUACCUCUGUGCAUCUCUCUCUCCCUCUCUCUCUCUCUCUCUCUCUCUCUCUCACUCAUCUAUUCAUAUCUAUCUAUCUAUCUAUCUAUCUAUCUAUCUAUCUAUCUAUCUGUGCCUGGGUUAUUCACAUCGAUCUAUAUAUCCAUCUAUCUCUAUCCAUAUCAAUCUAUUUAUCUAUCUAAAUAUGGUCAUCUCUCUCUCUCUUUCUCUGUUUAUUCAUAUCUAUCUAUCUAUCUAUCUAUCUAUCUAUCUAUCUAUCUAUCUAUCUCUUUGUCUGUGCCUGGGUUGUUCACAUCUAUCUAUAUAUUCAUCUAUCUCUAUCCAUAUCAAUCUAUUUAUCUAUCUAUAUAAGUUCAUUUCUCUCUCAGCCUGUUCCUCUCUCUCUCUCUCAGUCUGUUCAUAUCUAUCUAUCUAUCUAUCUAUCUAUCUAUCUAUCUAUCUAUCUAUCUAUCUAUAUUCUUAUCAAUCUAUUUAUCUAUGCUUAUUUCACUUCCAAAGUAGACUGAAUUUUCAAGCCUCUCCUUCAUUUCAUGUCUCUUACUACUUCUUUCCCCCCACUUGCUACCUUUUUCUCCUCCCACUUCUAUUUUUUUUUCUUUUUUCCUCCUACCACUUCUUUCUUAACCAACCAACAGCUUUUCUCUCCUCAUACUUCCAUUUCCUUUUCUAUUUUCCUCUUACCAAUUCUUUCUCACUAACCCACUACUUUUCCUCUUCCCCCACUUCCAUUUCUUGUUUCCUCUUACCACUUCUGUUCUUUCUCUCUUCUAACCACUAUUCCUCUCCUCUUCCCACCACUUACUUCCUUUUUCUACACAUAUUUCUUUAUCAUUUACCACUUUUUCUCCUCCUCUUACCAGUUGGAUUUCUAAUAUCCUUCCUAACACUUCUCCUCCUCUUCCUAUCACUUGGUUCUCUCAUAUCCCUCCUACCAUUUCUCCUCCUCCCCUCCCACUUGGUUUUCUUGUAUCCCUCCUACUACUUCUCGUUCUCCUAUUAUUUGUUUUUCUUGUACCCCUUUUACCAAUUCUCCUCCUUCUCCUACCACUUAGUUUUCUUGUAUCUCCCCCUACCACUUUUCCUCUGCCUACAACUUGAUUUUCUUGUAUCCCUCAUACCACUUCUCCUCCUCCUACAACUUGGAUUUCUUGUAUCCUGCCUACCACUUCUUAUCCUCUUGCCUCUUUCUUUAGGCUGCACUAUGAGAUAG